ACUUGUCUUUCAGUCAGUCAGUCAUUCAGUAAUCAGUAGGACAGGAUGGAGCUCCGUCCACUCUGUGUGAUGUUCUUGCUAACUGGAUUCAUCCACUCUACACAAACAGAGAGUCCUAAACCUACAGUGACUAUAAACCCUGAUACACAGGUGUUCAUAGGAGAGAAAGUGACUUUCAGGUGUGAUGUACAGAAAGGAAGAGACACUGAGUGGACAUACGGCUGGUUUAGGAACGAUGCUACAUUAUACUCAUUUUCCACAACACAGGAGUUCAGCAUCAGCUCUGUUACAGACUCACACCGUGGUAAAUACACCUGCAGAGGGAGGAGGACAAGUGACUCUCAGAGGUCAGAGAUGAGUGAUCCUGUUCCACUCUCUGUAUCAGAAAAACCCAAACCGACUGUGAGAGUGACUCCUCAGAGCCCCAUCUACACUGGAGACAGAGUUACUCUGAGCUGUAAUAUAAACUCUACUGGAUGGACUUUUCUCUGGUAUGAAGAUCAGGAAUCAAAUCCUCUGUCCCCUGGAGCCUCAGACACCAACACACUCACUGUAACAGUCUCUAAAGAAGGACGAGUAAAUUACUACUGUAAAGCACACAGAGGAGACUACGACUCAGAGAUCAGUGAUCCAACCACAAUUACAGUGAGAGCAAGACCAAAGCCGGUAGUGUCAGUACAGCCAGCUGACCCUGACAGUGUGUUCAGUGGGGAAACCGUCACUUUCUCAUGUAAGAUAGAGACUGGAGGAUCCUGGCAGUAUCACUGGUUUAGGGAUAAUGAGAAACUCAGUGAAGCUCCAGGAAAGAAAACCUACAAAAUCAUUGAUGUUAAAGAGUCUAAUAACGGUGAUUACACAUGUAGAGGAACAAAGUCAUCAGACCCACAAUACACACAGACUAGUGCUGCUGUUACACUGACUGUAUCAGAAAAACCUAAACCCGAACUCACGUCAGACCUUAAAGGAGCUGCACUGACAGGAAACUCAGUGAGACUGUACUGUACACUGAAGCCACAGUCUGCUGGAUGGAAGUUUUACUGGUCCAUACCCACACAGAGGACUGAGACAGAGACUGAAUCAGACUCCUACAACAUCAGUUCAGUUAGAGUCUCUGAUGGAGGUCAGUACAAGUGCAGAGCUAAUAGAGCAAGCCGAGUCUACUACACACAGGACAGUAAUCCACUCUGGGUAAAUGUUUUUGAGAGUCCUAAACCUACAGUGACUAUAAACCCUGAUACACAGGUGUUCAUAGGAGAGAAAGUGACUUUCACGUGUGAUCUACAGAAAGGAAGAGACACUGAGUGGACAUACGACUGGUUUAAGGACGAUGCUGAAUUCUACUCAUCUCUCACAACACAGGAGUUCAGCAUCAGAUCUGUUACAGACUCAGACCGUGGUAAAUACACCUGCAGAGGGAGGAGGACAAGUGACUCUCAGAGGUCAAAGAUGAGUGAUCCUGUUCCACUCUCUGUAUCAGAAAAACCUAAACCUGAACUCACAUCAAGCCUUAAAGGAGCUGUACUGACAGGAAACUCAGUGACUCUGUCCUGUACACUGAAGCCACAGUCUGCUGGAUGGAAGUUUUACUGGAUCAAACUCACACAGAGCUCUGAGACUGAGACUGAAACAGACUUCUACACCAUCAGGUCAGUUAGAGUCUCUGAUGGAGGUCGGUACAGGUGCAGAGCUGGAAGAGGAAACCCAGUCUACGACACACACUACAGUGAUGAACUCUCACUAACUGUUAUUGAGAAUCGUAAACCUGUGGUGAUUAUAAAGCCUGAUAAACAAGUGUUCAGUGGAGAGACUGUGACUUUCAGAUGUGACAUACAGAGUACAAUAGACACUAAGUGGACAUACACCUGGAAUAAGAAAGAUUACACAGAGAAGCCAUACAAAGAAACACAGGAGUUCAGCAUCAGAUCAGUUACAGUCUCUGACAGUGGUACAUACACCUGCAGAGGGAACAUCAGUGAUUCUCAGUUCUCAGAGGACAGUGAUCCUGUUACACUCACUGUAUCAGAAAAACCUAAACCUGAACUCACAUCAAGCCUUAAAGGAGCUGUACUGACAGGAAACUCAGUGACUCUGUACUGUACACUGAAGCUACAGUCUGCUGGAUGGAAGUUUUACUGGUCCAAACACACACAGAGCUAUUGGACUGAAAUGAAGCCAGAAUCAUUCUCCUACACCAUCAGUUCAGUUAGUGUCUCUGAUGGAGGUCGGUACAGGUGCAGAGCUGGAAGAGGAAACCCAGUCUACUACACACACUACAGUGAUGCACUCCAACUAUCUGUUAUUGAAAAACCUAAACCUGAACUCACAUCAAGCCUUAAAGGAGCUGCACUGACAGGAAACUCAGUGACUCUGUCCUGUACACUGAAGCCACAGUCUGCUGGAUGGAAGUUUUACUGGUCCAUACCCACACAGAGCUCUGAGACUGAAUCAUUCUCCUACACCAUCAGUUCAGUUAGUGUCUCUGAUGGAGGUCGGUACAGGUGCAGAGCUGGAAGAGGAAACCCAGUCUACUACACACACUACAGUAAAGCACUCUCACUAUCUGUUACUGUGAGUCCCAAACCUGUGGUGAAUAUUGCGCCUGAUAAACAGGUGUUUGUUGGAGAGACUGUGAUUUUCAGAUGUAACAUACAGAGUGAAAAAUACACUGUGUGGACAUACAUCUGGAAGAAGAAUGGUUACACACUGAACCCAUACAGAAAAACACAGGGGUUCAGCAUCAGAUCAGUUGGAGUCUCUGACAGUGGUACAUACACCUGCAGAGGGAAGAGCAGUGACUCUCAGUUCUCACAGGACAGUGUUCCUGUUACACUCACUGUAUCAGAAAAACCUAAACCUGAACUCACAUCAAGCCUUAAAGGAGAUGUACUGACAGGAAACUCAGUGACUCUGACCUGUACACUGAAGCCACAGUCUGCUGGAUGGAGGUUUUACUGGUCCAAAUACACACAGAGCUCUGAGACUGAGACUGAAUCAGACGUUUACAACAUCAGUUCAGUUAGAGUCUCUGAUGGAGGUCGGUACUGGUGCAGAGCUGGAAGAGGAAACCCAGUCUACUACACACACUACAGUGAUGCACUCUGGGUAAAUGUUAUUGUGAGUCCCAAACCUGUGGUGAAUAUUGCGCCUGAUAAACAGGUGUUUGUUGGAGAGACUGUGAUUUUCAGAUGUAACAUACAGAGUGAACAAUACAUUGUGUGGACAUACAUCUGGAAGAAGAAAGAUUACUCAGUGAUCCCAUACAGAAAAACACAGGUGUUUAUCAGAUCAGUUAGAGUCUCUGACAGUGGUACAUACACCUGCAGAGGGAAGACCAGAGACUCUCAGUUCUCAGAGGACAGUGAUCCUGUUACACUCACUGUAUCAGAAAAACCUAAACCUGAACUCACAUCAAGCCUUAAAGGAGCUGUACUGACAGGAAACUCAGUGACUCUGACCUGUACACUGAAGCCACAGUCUGCUGGAUGGAAGUUUUACUGGAUCAAAUACAGAUGGAGCUCUGAGACUGAGACUGAGACUGAAUCAGACUCCUACACCAUCAGGUCAGUUAGUGUCUAUGAUAGAGGUCAGUACAAGUGCAGAGCUGGAAGAGGAAACCCAGUCUACUACACACACUACAGUGAUGCACUCUGGGUAAAUGUUAUUGUGAGUCCCAAACCUGUGGUGAAUAUUGCGCCUGAUAAACAGGUGUUUGUUGGAGAGACUGUGAUUUUCAGAUGUAACAUACAGAGUGAACAAUACAUUGUGUGGACAUACAUCUGGAAGAAGAAAGAUUACUCAGUGAUCCCAUACAGAAAAACACAGGAGUUCAUCAGAUCAGUUACAGUCUCUGACAGUGGUACAUACACCUGCAGAGGGAACAGCAGUGACUCUCAGUUCUCAGAGGACAGUGAUCCUGUUACACUCACUGUAUCAGAAAAACCUAAACCUCAACUCACAUCAAGCCUUAAAGGAGAUGUACUGACAGGAAACUCAGUGACUCUGUACUGUACACUGAAGCCACAGUCUGCUGGAUGGAAGUUUUACUGGUCCAAAUACAGAUGGAGCUCUGAGACUGAGACUGAAACAGACUCCUACACCAUCAGGUCAGUUAGUGUCUCUGAUGGAGGUCAGUACUGGUGCAGAGCUGGAAGAGGAAACCCAGUCUACGACACACACUACAGUGAUGAACUCUCACUAUCUGUUAUUGUGAGUCCCAAACCUGUGGUGAAUAUUGCGCCUGAUAAACAGGUGUUUGUUGGAGAGAAAGUGACUUUCAGAUGUAACAUACAGAGUGAAAAAUACACUGUGUGGACAUACAUCUGGAAUAAGAAUGGUUACACACUGAACCCAUACAAAGAAACACAGGGGUUCAGCAUCAGAUCAGUUAGAGUCUCUGACAGUGGUACAUACACCUGCAGAGGGAAGAGCAGUGACUCUCAGUUCUCACAGGACAGUGUUCCUGUUACACUCACUGUAUCAGAAAAACCUAAACCUGAACUCACAUCAAGCCUUAAAGGAGCUGUACUGACAGGAAACUCAGUGACUCUGUCCUGUACACUGAAGCCACAGUCUGCUGGAUGGAAGUUUUACUGGUACAUACCCACACAGAGCUCUGAGACAGAGACUGAAUCAGACUCCUACACCAUCAGGUCAGUUAGUGUCUCUGAUGGAGGUCGGUACAGGUGCAGAGCUAGAAGAAGAAACCAAGUCUACUACACACACUACAGUAAUGAACUCCCACUAACUGUUAUUGAGAGUCCUAAACCUGUGGUGAUCAUAAAGCCUGAUAAACAGGUGUUCAUUGGUGAGAAAGUGACAUUCAUAUGUGACAUACAGAGUGCAAAAGACCCUGAGUGGGCAUACAUCUGGUAUAAGAAAGAUUACACAGAAUCCUUAGACUACAAAACACAGGAGUUCAGCAUCAGAUCAGUUAGAGUCUCUGACAGUGGUACAUACACCUGCAGAGGGAAGACCAGAGACUCUCAGUUCUCAGAGGACAGUGAUCCUGUUACACUCACUGUAUCAGAAAAUCCUAAUCCUGAACUCACAUCAGACCUUAAAGGAGAUGUACUGACAGGAACCUCAGUGACUCUGUCCUGUACACUGAAGCCACAGUCUGCUGGAUGGAAGUUUUACUGGAUCAAACCCACACAGAGCACAAACACCUCUGAGACUGAGACUGAGACACACCACUACUUCAUCAGUUCAGUUAGAGUCUCUGAUGGAGGUCAGUACAGGUGCAGAGCUGGAAGAGGAAACCCAGUCUACUACACACACUACAGUGAUGUACUCUGGGUAAAUGUUACUGGUGAAUCUCCUCCAGUGUCUCUGAUCAUCAGUCCGAGCAGAACUCAACACUUUACUGAUGACUCUCUCUCACUGAGCUGUGAGGACCAGACUGGCUCUACUGGAUGGACAGUGAGAGGAUACAUACACAAUAAGACACUGCUUGAUUGUUCAUCAGUUUCAGGAUCUACAUGUAACAUCAGCUCCCUCUCUACAUCACACACUGGAGUUUACUGGUGUCAGUCUGAAUCUGGAGGACGCAGUAAUUCUGUCAACAUCACAGUGUACAAUGGUGAUGUGAUCCUGGACAGUCCUGUUCAUCCUGUGACUGUGGGAGAUCCUCUGACUUUACACUGUUUAUACCGCAGCAAAAUGAUCCCAGGCUCUGGUGUUGAUUUCUAUAAAGAUGAUUCCAUCCUCCAGAACCAGACUACAGGAGAGAUGACCAUCAGUAGUGUCUCAAAGUCAGAUGAAGGUUUCUACCACUGUAAACACCCAGAGGGAGAAGAGUCACCAAAAAGCUGGGUUUCAGUCAGAGUUUCAGUUUCUGGAUACACUGGAGUAAUUAUAGGACUAAGUUUGGCCUCUGUGUUUGUCAUCUUAAUGAUCUUACUGAUCCUGCUAAUGUACUUCAAGAAGAAAAAAGGUGUACAGUCUCAGACUCCUACAGUGAAUCAGGACACAAAUCAGCCUGCAGCUGGUGAAAGUGUCUAUGAAAAUACUGCUAUCAUGACAGCAGGUGAUUCUGCAGCCGGCUCUAGCAAUACAAUCUACCCACAGGUUAUGGCUAGAAAAAAGAAACGAAAUGAUGAUGCCGCCAGAGAGCCACAGGAUGCAUUAUAUUCCCAAAUUGAGAUGAAAAACGUAAAACGUUGCAAUGAAGACACUGAAGCUGAACUAAGUGAUGUGACUUAUGCUGAAAUUGACCUGAAAAAAAAAAAGAAACCAAAGAGAAAACAAGGAAAGAGCAGUGAGGGAGCUGACACUGUGUACUCAGAACUGAAGCAGAACACAGAUAAAGGGGAUUUCACUGAAACUGGUGAUGUGACUUAUGCCCAGGUUAUGGCAAAGGGCAAAAAGGAUAAUGCAGGGAAUAUCACUGAAAUUGCUGAUACAACUUAUGCCCAGGUUAAAAGUUUAAAGGGUAAAAAUGCAGGUCCAUGAUGAAAACUGUCCAACCAGGAAUUAUUGAAACACUCCAAUUUUAAGCAGGCAGCAUAGUAUUUGGAAACCUUUUUUCAAUUUUCUUUAAUCUAAGCAUUUCAUAAAGUCAUUAAUGGAAUGUUAAUGUAAGAACAGGAGCUGAAUGUAUUUAUCCACACAUAUUAGAUAGAAUUUGGAUUGAUCAAUUUUAAAUCAAUUUUAAAUUUUCUAAACUUAAUUUGGCAAUAAAGUGUAUUUUCAAUUUAAGUGUUAACUGAUUAAUAUCCUAAUAAUCCUAGUUAAAGUUUAAAAAAUCUUAUUUUUUUAUUGUUGUAUUUAAAGAAGUAUAUUUGUUUUAUUAUUUUGUUUUUAGAGCUCUAUAGAUUUAUAUUGCUAUGUAUUUUUGUGUUUAUUUAUGCUCUUUACUCAUUAGUGGAUUAUAAAAGGGAUCAAUUUUACCUUUAAAUGUCAUUGAUACAGUAUUGUCUGUGAGUGAGCAGUGUGCUUGUUAACUGAUUAUUUGGUGCAGGGACUGAUGUCUUCUAUAUAUCUUCUAGUGCCUUUUUCAGUACUGCAUUUUCUUUUGUUCUUGAUAAUAGGCUCCUCUAGCCUUCAGUGUCCACCAGAGUGUGUUAAUUGUGUAAUAAAAACCAAAGCGAUAUAAGGCUAAAUACAUCCAAUAUGACUGAAAGCUUUCAAUAUGAUUAUAUUAUAUGAAUAUAAUAAUUGUAACUUUUCUUAUUCUGCUCAGGACUUUUGAUACCUGUAUUAUCUCAUAGACUAUAUAGGUAGUAAAUAAGUAGUUUAAGUACAUAUUGUAAUUCUUACAUAUUGUAAAUCUAUACAUAAUACAUAUUGUAAAUCUGUUUUAAAAUCUUUUUAUAUGUUAUUGGUAUAUUUUUUUUAAUUU